UUACAAUUAACCCAAGCACGUUCCGAAUAAAAAGUUGCAAAGAAACCGAAGAGAAACACGCUCUGAGAGAAGACGCUGUGGUAGUUAGAAGAUAAUACGAAAGUUUCACAUUUGUCUUAUCAUCUUUGUAAAAAGCACGCAUUUUGGCACGUGGACCGAACGCGAAGCAAAAAUGAGUAGUCUCUGGAUGGGCAAUCUAGAGCCUUAUAUGGAUGAGAGCUUUAUUUCACGGGCCUUCGCCACCAUGGGUGAGCUGGUGACGGGAGUGAGGAUCAUUCGCAACAAGCUGACGGGGGGCGCUGCUGGGUACUGCUUCGUCGAGCUGCCCAACGAGGCGACAGCAGAGCGGUGCCUCCGAAAAAUCAACGGCAAACUUCUCCCAGGGGCAACGCCGCCCAAGAGGUUCAAGCUGAAUCGGGCCACCUACGGGAGACAAGGAGAGAGCCAGUGCUUCUCCCUGUUUGUCGGGGAUCUGACUCCGGAGGUGGAUGAUGGGAUGCUGUACGAGUUCUUCUACAACCUCUUCCCGACCUGCCGUGGGGCGAAGGUGGUGCUGGACAGCAUGGGCAACUCCAAGGGCUGCGGGUUUGUGCAGUUCCCAGAUCAGAGGGAGCAGAAACGAGCGCUGGAGGAGUGCCAGGGGGCCAAGGGCCUGGGGGGCAAAUCGCUACGCCUGAGUCUGGCAGCCAACAAAAUGAACAGAAACAGCUCAUCAGAAGAGAGGCAUUCCCAGAGCCACUCUUACACCUACAGCCAAAACCAGUACCACCAGCAGCACCCCACUUACUACUCAAACUGGGGCUACGAUCAGAGCUACACCUAUGCUUACGAUCAAGUCGACCCCACACCGACCUCCACACAGAGAGGAACAUUGCUACCUCUAAUUGUGGGACCCUUUGAUCACAUGAUCAUGCUCCAUCCCUGCCUUGCAGACCCCAACCCCACACUGGACCUGCUGGAGGUCAACAGGCUCUUCAUGGACCGCAGUGAAGAGCUGUACGACGCCAUGAUGGACUGCCACUGGCAGCCCCUGGAAUCCAGCUCGGGAAGCCCCGACAGCAGCAGAUUCAGCCCAGAGGACAUGGAAUACCCACUCAGUCAUGUGACUCUGUCUUUCAGCUGGGAUGCAUACUCUCACUAGGUUACUUUUUUUUUUUUUUUUUUUUCCUUUGAGCGAAUUUUGCCCAUGUGCCUUUUGGGGAUUAAAAAGGGGCCUGUUAAAGCCUCCCUUUGGCUGACUGUCCAAAGAAAAUAAUGAAGGAAGAACUUUUUUUUUUUUUUGAAGAACUGGGAAACUGUCCCUGCAAUUUUGUUGAAGAUGUGUCCUUUGCUGCUGCCACUAUUGCACACUCAUUUACUGGACUUGGUUGAGAGACUGAACUAAUAGGACACUACCACAGAAGCCUCCUCUCUGUUUUGCUGGGUAUUAUUUUGGGUUUUGAUUUUGAUUGUGUAUGUUUAAUCCCCAACUUGAUUGUCAAGUUGUCACGUGCUGUCGCAUCCACAGCUAUGGAGGGAGCUGGGCAGCUACAGUAUGUCCAAUCCUCUGCUGCACUCACCCACAAGCCCCAGGGUGCUUUUCCACACUACAUGUGAUUGUAUUACAUUACAGGAGAACUAGCACUAGAUAGGUUACCAUUUCAUGACCACUGCUAACCUUUAGGAUUCUGGUGGGUAUCUGCACUCUACUUAUGUAGUAGUGACCUUAUGGAGCCUGGUUUGUGUAAGUCUGCUUUACACUGGUGGGACAAAUCCACUUGUGACCUGCCACUGUGGUCCGCUAGUCAUGGUUGAGAGUGACAACCCAAGCUCAAGCUAGUGAUGUCUGGACUGUAGGGAUCAGUCUGCAUUUGUGUUGAGUUUCUUUACUGACUGAGCCACUAUGGUUGGGGUGUUAAACUCUAGUCCCGGAGGCUGCUGGUUUUUUUCCCUGUUUCAGCACGAAUUAUUAAUUUAUUUAUUGGCUAAAUCCACACACCUUGUUCUCAAGGCCUUAACUCUGGCUGCUGAUUGAAGGGAAAUCUAAAAACCCUGCAGACACUACGGCCCUCCAGGACUGGGGUUUGACACCCUUUACACUAGGGGGUCUAGUUUGAAAUGAUGCUUCUGCGUGUCUGUGGUGUUUCUGUAGCUGACAGACACUGAUGGGGAGAAACCAUCACGGAGAGAUGAGGACCAUACGGACUGUACCCCCCUUUGUGCCUGUGUUUCCUGUUGUUCGUAGUCAACAGUUAAGUCAGCGGUUUUGGGUGGCAGAGAAAACGCUGGUUUCUGCUUGGGAUGAUGAUGCUGCUUUGAUGGACGGUUUUUUAUUUUUAUUUAUUUAUUUUAUUUUGAAUCUUUUUUUUCUUUUUAAGUAAAAUGACCUCCUGAAGACUUGUGUGAGAAAUGAAAAUGAAGUUUUCAAACCAAAGAAUAGCCUGUAUUCAAAAAAAAAAAAUGUGCUUGAGUAUUCUUCAUAUAUAUAUGUGUGUGUGUGUGUGUGUG